AAAGAAUAAUCUUUAACUAGAUUUAAUAAACCAAUCAACAAACCAUUACAUAUGCUGGAAAAUCCAGUUGUCUUAGUGCAAACCCGAAAGCCCACCAGAAGCUUGUCCUGUUUUUGAGGGCAGUGAAAUUCUGUCUCCUGAGGUGGAGACCACUGAAAUUUCAAGGUGAGUCGCUGAGUGGCUUCCGUGGGCUCCAGACGCAAAGGUUUAAGAGUCCCGGAAGCUGUGGCCCUGAGCCCAGAGCACAUGGCCCGUGCCUCUGAGGCCAGAGGAAGGGUCACAGCAUUGCGGGGUUUGAGCCCUGUGUGGCAGGCCUGUCCACUAGCUCCUGCCCGAUGCCCUUAGGCACAGCCCCCGAGGCCCCCGCAUCUGAAGCCCUGAAAGGUCAGCUUGAAUAUCUUAUUUUGGAAGCAGACACAAAGCUCUGAUGCCCUGGUACACACCAAGAGACCUGCAACCACAGGUUGGAGUCUGUGACCAUCGGUCCCCCUGCUGCAGAGUGACUUCUCUCUCAGAGGGCUUCUCUGACUGAGAUUCAGCACUGACCCCCUCCCCCAUUCCUCUGUGGGACCUCUGCGUCCCGGACCAUUGACCAGCCUUGCCUGGGGCUUGGCUCCUGGCCUUUCUGGGGCAACUACUUCACCAGACCCCUCCCAGGCACCCCGUGUCCUGCUUGCCACCCAGCUCACCUUGCUGACGUCAGCCCCAGGGCUCAGGGCCCCUGGUCAGCCUUGCCCUCUGCUCGGGGCCCAGGGAUGGUGCGUGGGAACCCCCAAAUCACCCCCAAGUGGUACGUGCAUGUGUGAGGAUUAGAGAGGGCAGCACUUCAGACCCACAAGGCCUGACCUUGGCCAACUCCUGCUUAGGACUUCAGCAAGAUUCUGCCCCAAACAGAAAGGCCCUUCAGCUGGCAGACCCAGUCCUGGCACCCACAAACCUUUUCCUGUGCCCACCCCACAGGCCCCUGUGUCCUAGGUCUCCAAACCCAUGAGGACCCAGCCCCUCAAGGCAGCCCGGCCACGGGUCACCUGUGACCAUGCCCUCUGCUGUCUGCUCUCAGUUCCAAGCACACUCCUGGGCACUGGGGCUCUGAGCAUUUGAAGCUUCCCCAAAGGAUGGAAGUGGAGACAGAGACCAGCACCUCCGGGGUGUCCCGAGGUCAGGCAAGGUUCUAGACAAAGGAAGUGAGCUUGGGAGCCUGCCUGUCUCAUCCCAGGACACAGGUCAACCUGGUGCUUCCUGCUCAGCUCCUCCAUCUGCCCAGCUGACUUGAUGCUGCAGGUGUUGGGAAAAUCAGAUCCCAGCAAGCAGCGACCCAGGGACCGGUCCCUACCAUCCCAGGUCAGCUCCAGCCCAACCCUCCCAGGAGGGUGUCCUCUCCCCAGGUGCUCUGUGGAGCUGGGGUGGAGACCUAGACCCGUGGUCCUCUGGGCCGUAAACCUAGCACAGCGGCUCCUCCCACUGCCAGCAGCAACUCCUCCCUCUCAGGCACCUCCUCCAGGAAGCCCUCCCUGAGGCCCCACCACAGCCCACCACAUUUGAGCUGAAGGUGUAUCCUGCUCCACCUGCCUGAACCUGAGCCACUAGGGCUCUUGGGGUGUCCGGGCUCACCUGCAGUGUGCAGACAAGAGCAUCUCUGGCCAGAGAGGGGCCUGGCGCUGGGCUGAGGCUGCAGCUGGCAGCAUGGCCAGGCUCACUCUCCUAGCCCUGCUGCUCUCACUGGCUGGAACCCUGCCUGAGGCCCAGGAGGCCCAAGAGGUGCGGCAGUCUCCCCUCCACAAGGCCGUGCCGGUGGGGGGCUCCGUGAACAUCACCUGCUCCACUAGCGGGCCCCUGAAAGGGGUCUUCUUGGGGCUGAGCUGGCCAAAAAACAUGGACGUGAUUUACUACGAGGAAGGGGAGAACAGCACUGUGGACCAGCAGUUCCAGGGCCGCAUCAGCUUCUCGGGACCCCAGCACAACCUGACCAUCACCAUGAGCCUCCUGCAGCUGGCCGACUCCGGCCUCUACACCUGCCGGGCCAUCGUGAACCACACUGUCCUCGGCCCUGGCACCUUGGUGAUGGUCACAGAAAAACCGUGCCAAGAGACACAAGAAGCACACAGACACCAGGAGCCUGGGCUGAUGUUCCUCAUCCUCCCAUCGGCCCUUGCUGUGGGCUUCUUUCUCCUCGGGCUGAGCCUGGGACUGCUGUAUGCCCUGAGGUCACAGGUUAAGAAGCUGUGUGCUUCCGGGGAGAAGAGCCAGCCCUGCGUGGUGUAUGAGGACAUGUCCUACUGUGGCCGCAACGCCAGUCCAUACCAGUGAGCCCCUCAGACCCCCAAGCCCUUCUCACCCCUCUAGCCUAGUUCACCCAGUGCCCAUACUCAGGCAGCUGGGGCAGGGCUCCUUGGAGCCCCCAGGUUGCCGGAUGCCUCCUCCAGGAAGCCUUCCAGCCGGCCCAGCCCUUCGUGGCCGGACCACACACUGCCACCAGCCACAGAGCUCAGCCGUGUCCCGGCUGCCACCCACCCUCAGGGAGCAGGGCCUCUUCUGUCCAUGGGUUUAGGUGGACUUCAACACGCAGCAAGCCCCCAGCCUGGGAGCCUCUUGGCAAAUGGGGCAGGAGGAGGCCCAGCUCCCUCUC